AAAUCAAAUGCACGCCAAUUUCAGUAGUUUCACAACCACCAUAAAGACAUUUACCAUGUGUAAAUUCGAAAACCAAAUUUUGUGCUUUUUCCUGGUGAUAUGUUGUCUCCACCAAUGUCUUACUCAUGGUUCGACUUUCCAAAACGCCACACUCUUUUGCAAAACCUUCCCCAGCGCCAGACAAAGCUUAUCAAUAAACUACGACGAACUCUCCAAAAAUGCCAACAACUCGUGCCACAACAAUGCCUACAAAGUCGCCUACGUCACAGGAACGGUUCGAACGAUCUACAAAAACACUGUCACCGAUUUGCAAAACCUCAACGGACUCAACUUCACCCAAGUCGGAUUAGAAGAAAUACAAAUCGGUGCGUUUACAAACUUUCCAAAGUUAGAGACACUGACACUAAACAGCAACAAUAUCAAAGAAAUUAGAAGUGGCGUUUUCCAAAACCUUCCCCUGGUCAACUUACUUCUAAAUAACAACUCGAUUUCGAGUUUGGAAGAGCGAGCUUUUCACAAUUUAGCGUCCCUGCGGAUGCUGUCUCUGGAGAAAAAUAGUUUGAAGAAAAUCCAGAAACGAGUCUUCGAUAAUAUUGCUCUUUGGGUUUUGAACCUCCGACACAACGAAAUUGACGAAAUAGAAGCUGGCGCUUUUGAUGCCGUUCAUCCAGAGUCGCACAAGUGGAAUAUUCUGAUUUAUCUUUCUGACAAUAACUUGAAAGAAAUUAAUCCAGAAGUUUUCAAUAUAGAGCAUCUGGUCACUUUAAAUUUGGACAAAAAUUCUAUUUCAAAAAUUCGUCCAGGCGACUUGGCGAAUCUACCCAACCUACGUGAUCUACACCUAUCUAGAAACAGGCUAAAACUUAUUUCAAACGAUGUAUUCAAAGGGUCAACGAUUGAAAAUCUGGACAUCAGUUAUAACCAGAUUUCUGAGAUUGAAAGUCAAGCUUUUGACGACAUGGAAUAUUUACUCAAACUGAACAUGGGUAACAAUAAAUUGAAGAUUUGGGACGGUAACUGGUUCAGUGGGUCGUGGUCUUCUGGGUUUCACACGUUCAGAAAACUUUACGCUGGGUAUAACAACAUUGAGGAAAUUCCAGGAAACGCCUUCCAGAAUUUUGGGGGCAACUAUUUUAUGGUCGAUUUGAAGUGGAACAAAAUUAGAGGGAUUGCUGAUGGGGCUUUCAAUGGAGUUACAGGUCUACAUCUUCUGGAUCUAUCUCAUAAUGAAAUAAGUGAAUGGGAUGAGAAUUUGUUGCGACAGGUGAAGGUGAUAGGGACUGUGAAUCUGAGUGGGAAUAAGUUUAAGUGUGCGGAUAUUUCUGCGGAUUAUGUAGUCGUUCCUAGAGCUAGACGAGUUAUAUUACAAGACUGUGUACAAUUUGAUGAAAAUGACAAAUUUUUGGUUGUUUCCCCCAUGAUGAUCGUGCACUUUAAUUUGACCUCCGGGAACAAAAAAUCUCCCUUGUACAUCCAGAACUUUGUUGCUGCUAGGAUUUCUGACGGUCUGUUCCUCAGAAUUAUAUUGCCACAGCUGACUCGGAGCUCCACUUUUUGCCUCAGUUACAAGAUGAAACUCAUUUUGGGCCCCCUGUGCAUGAAGAUAUCUCCUAGAAGCAGAACUGUGUUUUCUAAUAAAUCAAGCACGUGUCUGUACUUACCCUGUACCAACGUUCUGCAGAAAAAACUAGCCUGGGAUGGGCACUCAAAUUCCCAUUGUUGCAGCGGACUUCCUGUAAAUUCUCGGAGUUUGACUUCAGGUUCGCUUGCGUCUAGGACGAGAGACGAAGCCGAAUUUACGAUGAUGACGGAAUACGGGUGGUCUGGACAGUGGCGGAGUAUGCGUGAUCAAGUACGACACGUUAACGAAUUCAGAAAAACAAUACACUUGAUAGGGAGUCAUAUCAGAGUCCAAAAUAAAAUAAAUAUUCUUAUGUUUGACAACAUUAUCAAAGGUUAUCGCAUUUCCACGAAUCUCUUUAUAUGCAAACAACACACCAUGCGUAAAUUCAAAAAUCUAAUUUUUUCCUUUUUCCUGGUGAUAUGUUGUGUCCACCAGUGUCUUACUCAUGAUUCAACUUUCCAAAAUGCCACAGUGUAUUGCAACAGCUGCAAAUACGUCUACGUCACAGGAAUAGUUCGCACAAUCUACGAAAACGCUUAUAUCGAUGGCCAACAAAACCCCAACAGACUCAACUUCACGCAAGUCGGAUUAGAGGAAAUACAAUUUGGUGCGUUUACAAAUUUUUCAAACUUAGAAACACUGAUCCUAAACAGCAACAAUGUCAAAGAAAUUAGAAGUGGCGUUUUCCGAAACCUUCCCUUGGUCAACUUGUUUUUAUAUAACAACCAAAUUUCGACUGUACACGAGCGGGCUUUUUGCAAUUUGACGUCUCUGAGAGUACUGUCCUUGGGGAAAAAUAUCUUAACGAAAAUCCCGAAGGGAAUUUUCGAAAAUGUCGCACUUUGGGAGUUGCACUUGGGACAAAACAGGAUCGAGGAAAUAGACGUCGGAGCGUUUGCAAAUCUUCCAAAUUUGAAAGUACUAAAUAUAAACGACAACAACCUUAAAGUAAUUAAAAGUGGUAUUUUCAACAACCUUCCAGUGGAGAAAUUGUUUUUAAAUAAUAACACAAUUUCGACUCUGGAGGAGCGAGCUUUUUACAAUUUGACGUCGCUGCAAAUGUUGUCUCUGGAGAACAAUAAAUUGAAGAAAAUCCAGACGGGAGUGUUUGAAAAUGUCGCAGUUUUGGAGUUGCAGUUGGGACACAACAGCAUUGAGGAAAUAGAAGACGGGACAAACCUUACAAAUUUGAAAGUACUAACCCUAAACAACAACAAUCUUAAAGAAAUUGAAAGUCGAAUUUUUGGAAACCUUCCAGUGUUUAGCUUGUUUUUAAAUAACAACUCGAUUUCGACUCUUGAGGGAGCUUCUCACAAUUUAAAGUUCCUGCAGACGCUGUCUCUGGAGAGCAAUAAUUUGAAGACAAUCCCGAAGGGAAUUUUCGAAAAUGUCACACUUCGGAAGUUGUACUUAGGACAGAACAGGAUUGAGGAAAUUAAUCCAGAAGAUUUCAGUUCAGCGCAUCUGGUCACUUUAAAUUUGGACAAUGAUUUUAUUUCGAAAAUUCGUCCAGGCGAUCUGGCAAAUCUACCCAACCUACGUGAUUUGCACCUAUCUGGAAACAGGCUAAAGUUUAUUCCAAACGGUGUAUUCAACGGGUCAGCGAUUGAAAAUCUGGACAUCAGUCAUAACCAGAUUUCUGGGAUUGAAAGUCAAGCUUUUGACGGCAUGGAACGUUUACUCAAAAUGAAGAUGGGUUACAAUAAAUUGAAGAUUUGGGACGGCAACUGGUUCAGAGGUUCGUGGUCCUCUGAUUGGACUCCGACGUUCAGAGAAAUUUACGCCGAGUAUAACGACUUUGAGGAAAUUCCGGGAAACGCGUUCCAGAAUUUUGAAAAUAACACUUUUAUUAUUGAUUUGAAGUGGAACAAAAUUAAGAAGAUUCAUGAUGGGGCUUUCAAUGGAAUUACAUAUCUACAAAAUCUAGACCUAUCUCAUAAUGAAAUAAGUGAAUGGGGUGAUCUGUUGGACCACAUGAAAAUUGUAGGAACUGUAAAUGUGGAUGAUAAUAAGUUUGAUUGUAUUAAGUUUCGUUACAUAAUCGUUCCUCACUUAAAACUGGUACCAAUACACCCAUGUGUAGAUAUGGGGCGUUGUGGCAACAAUUACUGAAACCCAGAUGUCAAAAGCUUUAUGAUAAUUUGUAAUUUGUGUAAAAUUAAUUUUUCAGAAGUCGUUAGGUUUUUGGAUAAGUAUUGUCCUUUAUAAGGUCAACAUGAAGACAGAUGAGAAAAGUGUAGGUUUGAAUCCCAAAAAAGUGGUUCUUAAGUUUAAGUUAGU